AUGGAGAUUGUCCAGCUGUAUACACUGCUGAUUCCAGUACAGCAUGUCCUUGCUGUGACCUGGCUGUACCUGGCAAAGCAACCCUCCUUGCGUGGGGUCCUACGAGAUCCUAGUGCCUGUGAGGGUUUAAAGGGCCUCACAGAGGAACAGGUACGGAUAUGCCAGCGGCAAGCAGAGGCCAUGGACUCAGUGAAGCGGGGAGCGGAGCUGGCCGUAGAGGAGUGUCAACACCAGUUCCAGAACCGCCGCUGGAACUGCUCUACUCUCCAGGGCCUGCAGGUCUUUGGCAAGGUUGCCAUGCAAGGGACAAGAGAAUCUGCUUUUGUUCAUGCCAUCUCCUCUGCGGGAGUAGCGUUUGCCAUCACUCGGGCCUGCAGUCGUGGGGAGCUGGAGAAGUGUGGAUGUGACCGCAGGAUCCGAGGGGUCAGCCCUGAAGGGUUCCAGUGGUCAGGCUGUUCUGAUAACUUGUCCUAUGGAAUUGCCUUUUCUCAAGCCUUUGUGGAUAACCCAGAGCGGAGCCGUGGCAUCUCCUCCAGUCGAGCUCUCAUGAAUCUGCACAACAAUGAGGCUGGUCGGAAGGCCAUCCUGUCCCACAUGAAGGUGGAGUGCAAGUGUCAUGGGGUAUCAGGCUCCUGUGAAGUGCGUACCUGCUGGAAAGUGAUGCCCCCAUUUCGCAAGGUGGGCAAUGUCUUGAAGGAGAGAUUUGAGGGGGCAACCGAGGUGCACCCAAAACGAGUUGGUUCACGCAAGCUCCUGGUGCCCAAGAGCUCCCGUUUCAAACCCUACACAGCUCAUGACCUGGUCUACUUGGUGGCCAGCCCAGACUUCUGCAACUGGGAUCCCCGCCGCGGAGUUUUUGGCACCUCUGGACGCCAGUGUAACCGAACAUCCCAUGCCAUGGAUGGCUGUGAGUUGCUGUGCUGUGGGCGAGGCUUUCGCACAGCCCAGGCUGAGGUGGUGGAGAGGUGCAGCUGCAAGUUUCGCUGGUGCUGCUCUGUGAAGUGCAAGCAGUGCCGGCACCUGGUGGAAGUGCACAGCUGCCGCUGA